GACACUAAGGACUUCUAGGUAUUCUAUUGUCGGUGUGUGCCAGCCUAACCCUCGUUUUCCUGGUUGGUUGUCAUUUUCGCAAGCCCGCUUGCAGUCCACACACACAAACACACACGGCAAUCACCCAAACGUAGGUAGUUUUUGCACGCAGCUACAAACGAACAAAACUCUGAGUAAACAUUAUAAUGAGCCCAAUGCAGUGACCGGCCCCCAAAACAAAAGAGCGUUGAGGAAAACAUGAAAGAACGCCCACACCAUGUGCCCUACCCAAGUCCCAGUUUCCUACCAAACUGCGGGUUUCCUCCGGACUGUGGCCAAUUCCCAAUUGCUGCCAUUUCGUUACCCUUUUGCCCAAUUUGCCAAGCAUCAAUGGGGCAACGGGGCGUGGCAGCCACAUCCUACGGACGGGGCAGAUAGACAGACAAACAGUCCCCUCUUUCCCUGUCCCCAGUUAGCUUGCAGUUGUACUUUUUCAAUUACCAAAUCACCAAAAGCAAGCGCAGAUCCGAAAUCCGUCGAGAACGAAGCGAACCGAACCGCUGGAGAGAAAGAGGGCCGCCAAACAAGAGUCGAAACGGAAAUUGGUAAGAGGAGAAAUGAAAGAAAAACAACAAGGGACGUCAACUGGCGCAAGUGCAAAUGGCUCGGAAAGGCCCCAAGUCUACAGACUUGAGUACCCCCAAAACCGAACGACCCAUGUGGAGACUUUGAGCGAGCAAAAGACGAGGGCCCGCGCAGAAACCGAAGACUGGAAGACUCGGUCGAAGUCGGUCGAAGUCGGAGCUUCGAAAGCCCCCAUAUAAUAACAAGCCCCAGUCGCAAUCUUCAAGUCGCCGUUCGCCGACGCGAUCAGUUCGAGUUUGUCCGUGGAAGCCGCCAGUUCGGUGUCGCGUUGCUGUUUCAGUUUCGGUUUUGGUUUUAGUUUCAGUUUCAGUUCCUUUUGCUAUUGCUAUUGCUAUAGCAGCUUUUGCUACUGAUAUAUUUUUUUGCUCGAGAAGCUAUAGUUUGCCACCGCUGUUGUGGUACGUGCGUCCAGAUCGGUUCGUGUGUGUGUGAUUGCCCCCCAGUCUGAAAGCGAAAACUGGCGCUCAAGUUCAGUCGGCGAUUUGUCGAUUUCUAUGCAAAUCAUUACUCGGAAAAGAAACACAGAGUCAGAGUCAGAGUUGGAGACAGAGCCGCCGUAACAACAAAAGACACAGCCAGAAAAAAGAGCGUGCUAUUUUUAUUUCGCUAAAUGUCGACUUGCGGCUCACGUCGCCGGAGCACAGCCAAAGUCUCCGUUUCAACUUGCGAGAGACUGUAACCCGAGUCGCCCGCCGUUUUGCGAGCUGCUGCUGCAAAAAAAAAAAAAACAAAAUAAAAUAAAAAGAAAAGAAAAAAGCCCAGAAAAAACAGACAAACAGAAACAGAUUGUAUCUGUAUCUAUAGUCGCGACUUGCGGCUCGUUUUGUGUGCGCACAUUCGUGUAUCUGUAUCUGCGGCCGAGCGCAAAAAAAAGUAAUCAUAAACUGGAAGGGAAAGAAAGACAAAUAAAUAAAAAGACUGCCGCUCCCCAGCCUCCGUGGAGCACAACUACUGAUAGACAGAUACGCGCCCUCCCCCCGAAAACAAAAAAAUAGGUAGUGAUUUGUGAUUCGCCGCGAAUCAGCUGAGUCGGCUUUUGGGCGGCAGCGAUGUGAGAGGAUCAGAGAUCCCGCAGAUCUGGAUUGAGCAGGAAGCACCCGAGCACCGAUCACCAAUCACCAAUAACCGACCACCGAUCGCCGAGAAUCAAAUUGAGAAUCUAGCAGAACCAUGGAAUAUCUUUGCAUACUGAAUGCCUUCGAGCAGAAUUACUACAACCGGAUUAAGGAAAUAGAGCGUUUGGCCGCCGCCGCCGCAGCAGCUGCAUCCCCCGCCUCAUCUGCAUCAUCAGCCUGCUCCACGGCCUCCACAUCCUCGGCAUCCUGCUUGAGUGGGCCGUCCACAUCCUCGUCCGCCUCGUCCACGGCCAGUUCGCCGCCCAGUUCGUCGGCCAGGGAAGUGGCCCAGGCAGCCGCUGCCCUGGCGGCCACUCAACGGUUGGCCGCUUAUCAGGGGGGCCAUGGACCAGGGGUAGGAUCCCAGGGCCAGGGGGCCAUGUUCUACCAUCACCAGCAGCAGCAACAGCAGCAGCAUCAUCAUCAUCACCACCUCCACCGCCAGCAGCUGGAGCAGCUGCAAUUGCAGCAAUCGUUGCAGGCGGAGUCCGGCCAUCAGCAGCAGCAUCCGCCGACAGCCGCCGAUCCCAACGCCUCCUCGAUGGCCAAUAGUUUGCUAUGGCAGCCCUGGCGGGAUCUCCAGCAGGCGGCAGCCAUGCAUCAUCAGCUGUACAGGCAGCAGCAGCAGCAGUUGCACAAAGAGAUGCGUGUGACGGCCAAAGAGCUGCCCACCACCAAGUGGAGACGCGAGCGUCGCCAGCGGACCGCCGAGUACCAGGUGCACGAGGCAGGGAGCAGCGAUAGGGAGCGGGAGCGGGAGGACCGCGACAUGGACAGCCCCAUUGACAUGUCGGUGACAUCGGGAGCGCUCAAGCUGCGUGCCUCGCCGCCGCCGCCUUAUCGCGAACCCUUGCCUGGGACCAACUACGCGGCCAACAGCCGACCCAGCGUCAUCACCCAGGCGCCCCCAAAGCGGGAACCUCCCGAGCAGGCCCACUCCUCAGACGUAGCUAUGUGCGACAUUGACGAGCACUUCCGGCGCUCGCUGGGCGAGGACUAUGCGGCCCUGUUCGUCAAGAAGUCGCCGACGCCCACGCCCACACCCACGCCCUCGCCAUGUGGCACGCCCAAGCAGCAGGUCUCGCCGCUGGCCUAUGGACCGCCUGCAUCGUCAACCAGCACAGCAGCAGCAGCCACAGCACAACUCUACCAGCAGCACCGUUCGCCGCUGGCCAAGCCGGGAUUGGUCAUUCUGGAGCUGGAAUCCGAACAGCCGGAACUGCCGCCGCCGCAGGAGGAACCUCUGCCACUCUCGCUGGCACUGCAUCGCACCCAAACGCCGCCAUCGCCGCCGCCCUCGGCCACAGGAUCGGGACCGGCGCUACCCGCGGCCGUCAGCCAAGUGAUGGAGGCAGCGGUGGCCGCCAAGCGGAUCCUGGACACGCCCCAUCACACGCCGCCCCGAUACAAUACGCCGCCGCCGCCACCGGCUUAUGGGACACCAGGAACUGCUGCUGUGACGACGCCGACUUUGACACCGACUCCGACACCGACGACUCCAACACCGAAUUCGAAUUCGAAUCCGAUGCCCACGCAGAUUCCCACGCCGACGCCCAGCAUGCCGGCCAUCAUUCGGGUGAAGGCUGAACCGGGAUUGGCGGCUGCGGCCGCCUCCUCGGCGCAGACGCCGCCCGCCUCGCCCACCUCGUCCACGAAUAUCUCGAUAUUCACCAAGACUGAAGCCUCGGUGGACGACCACUUUGCCAAGGCGCUGGGCGACACCUGGAAGAAGCUGCAGGGCGGGCACAAGGAGUAGGAUGGAGCGCCGCUCGAGGAGACCCACCCGCACAGAUCCCCCCAACCCAAAUCCACACACCCGAUCCUCAACGAUCCAACUCAAGAGCUGUUUUUAUUAUAAAUAUUUCAAACUACACAAUUAACGUUUAAAGAUCUCAUGCUGAUGUGAACGGAAAUUCUUCAACUGCGAGUGUAUUACAAGUUUCUGAUAUAAUGAUUUUAUUGAAUAUUGAUAACGGUUAGCGCGGAUAUAUAUGAUAUAUGAUCUAUGAUAUAUAUAUGGAUAUAUGUGUAUGGCAAAGUGUAUACGUACAAGUGACAAAAUUUUGUAUUCUUAAUGCUUAGUUGGUAGAGACUAAUCCUUAAUAAUAUACCUAUUAAACAUAAGUGAACAAUCCUA